AUGCAGAAGAAAGGAGCAAGAUUUGGUACAAACGUGCCUAUGAUCACUGAGCUAGUGAACGAUUCGAACGUGCAGUUUCUUGAUCAAGACGAUGAUGACGAUCCCGACACAGAGCUGUACUUGACACAACCGUUCGCAUGCGGCACGGCUUUCGCAAUUUCCGUGCUGGACUCGCUGAUGAGUACGGACAUACUUUCGGAACGACUCCGCGUUGACGUUGAUUUUCGUACUCUAGUGACAGGCGGUGCCACACCGGAAUUGGAACUGAUUCUUGCCGAAGGUGCUGGUCUACGAGGUGGUUAUAGCACACCGGAAACCCUGUCAAACCGCGAUCGAUGCCGCAAUCGCUCAGAUCGCUCUGCACGACAACCCGUACGAGGGAAUCGGGCACAACUCCACUUACGGCCAGAUGUUCACUACGUCAUUGAAAAAGUACGGUCAGUUGUGUAUCGGGCUGUAUCGGUUACACGACCAGGACAACGCCGAGUCAGUGAAGCGAUACGUGAUCACCAACCCUCCAGCCGAACUUCGGAUAAGGAGCUCCGAUUAUGUGAGUGA